AUGUAUGACAGCCAGCAACCAGCGUCGCAAGCGAUUCUCUGCCAGAGAGCUGUGCCUAUCAUGGCAGAUCCGACGUUGAAGUACUCAUGUCCCGCAAACUCCGGAGAAGCCGCGAGACAAACACAUCCCAGGAAGGAAUCUGGGACUGCUUGUCCGAUUUCUGGGAAAGCUGGUGCUUCUUCGACCGAUGCUGCGAUAGAUUCUGUGACCGGCUCUGCGACCGGUGCUGCGACCGGUGUUGUGACAGGUGCUGCGACAGGUGCUGCGAUCGAUGCUGCGAUCGAUGCUGUGAUCGGUGUUGUGAUCGGUGCUGCGACCGAUGUUGUGAUCGAUGCUGUGACAGAUGGGCUACAGUAUGUAUCGAACAAUUUCGUGUACGGAGUAUUAGGAGACUGGACGCUCAUCGUCAAGACCGCAUAUCUGAAAGAUAUCUUUUGA